GCCAUCAUCAACAGCACCAUCACCCCCAACAUGACCUUCACCAAAACAUCSCAGAAAUUCGGGCAGUGGGCUGACAGCAGAGCCAACACCGUGUACGGGCUGGGCUUUGCCUCGGAGCAGCACCUGAGCCAGUUUGCAGAGAAGUUCCAGGAGGUGAAGGAAGCCGCUCGUUUGGCCCGGGAGAAGUCCCAGGAUAAAACAGAGCUGACCAAUCCUGCCCUGAGCAUCACAUCUCACCAGGUACUGCUGGAAAAGGGGCCAAAUGGG